AUGGCUGAUACUUUUCAAUUUGACUAUUCUACUACUGUUGCCAACACCACUAGCAUUAACACAUUCACAGUAACAACACCCACAAACAGUGAUUUUAAUAUUGAAGAAGAUGAUUGGCAAUGGGAUGAACGUCUUCGACUCAUUAAUGAAUUUGAUAAUUGGACAAGUGGAACUUUGUUAAAUAAAACUGAUCAAGUUUGGUGUGAAAAUGAAAACAAAUUCGUAGAGAAGCCACUUGUAGUCGCAUUGAAAUCUUUAAAAAAUUCACAAGAUCUUGAUGAGGAUUUUUUAGACGAGAUUAAACGACACGGAAGUCUUAAAUUAGAUGGUUGUCGUCUUAUGAAUAUUCAUAAAAAUGGAACAUUUCACAAGAACCUUCAUUGUGGAAACAUUUUAAAGUAUUCAAUCUUCAAUAUUGCCGAUUUUGGUUUAAAUGGUCCCUCGGGAACAUCUGAUCCAAAAGGUGUAUACGGUUCUUUGCCUCUGGUUGCUCCCGAAGUAUUGACUGAAGAAUUAGUUGACAUCCUAACAACACCCUAUGCUUUUCAUCGACGUCUUCUUGGGUUAGAUGAGGAUUCGUUGAAUGGUUUAGAGGAUGUUAAUGAUUUUGAUUCAUUCGAUGAAGUAUUAAAUUCGCACAUUACAGACGCAAGGUAUCCGGUUAAACCUGACAUUCAUCCAUUCGCUAUCUACACAAGUGACUUCCUAUUAUUUCCAAAUUUACCCACACCUACCAAUUCCAUACCGAUUUCUGAUUCAACAGAGGAGGAUGUAGCAACUUCAUCGUUUUCCGGUGUAAAUAUAAAUGAAGCGGAUUCGGCCUUUGAAGAAUAUAAUACAAAUUUCCCACCACCAGAACUUUCAGGACCAGAAACUGAUACUGAAGAAGACGAAGAGGUUUUUAUUCCACCACCUUCAUUUCAAAUAACGAGAAGAAAAUCAAUUGCUCCACCACCAAUUUUAAAAAUAUAA